AUGGCCCCGCUUGGAGGAGCGCCUUUGGAGCCCAAGAAACUUUUCCAAAACAAAUCAGGGACAGAGCUGGUCCCGGUCGACACCGUUGCGGAGAAACGGAGGCGGUUCAAGCGAGCACGCGUGAUCAAGGACAUAGAAACCACUAAGCUAGCACUCACGCCGGGCGGCGAGCCAGGGAGUGCUUCGCUAACGCCGGCUGAAGGGGGGGAGGCGCUGGAAACAGCGGCGCGACGGUUCGUGGCCCGUGUGCGAGUUGUACAAGGCGAGAGGCGCUUCUCGGCAUGGAAAGGUUCGGUGGUCGACUCCGUAGUGGGCGCGUUCCUGACGCAAAACGUCUCCGACACGGUCUCAAGGCAAGUCGUUUUGAACCACCCUGGUUCCUGA